GUGUGAGGCGGUUUGAAAGAGGAAACAAAAACACACUCGUAUUUAUAAACUCGUGUAAUAAACUUACUCUUACUGAACGCAUUAAACAAGAAUUUGUCUUUUCACCGGUUUGUUGUGUUAAUUUGAGAGGAAUGGAGAGUUAUGAAGAGUUCUGUAGCAGGACACUGAAGACAUUUUUGAUGUUUCCUGACUGCAGUACCGCACCACAGCAGCAGAGGGCGCACGUGUCCAACAUUCACUUUCAUGGCAGGAGACUAUUAGAGCCUCUGUUGAGUGAGGAGUUACGUGCUCAGAUGGCAGAAGAGAGACAGACAGCUAUACAGAGAGACAGAAAGAGACAGACACAACAAACAGAUGCUCUGCUGGAGCGUGUGCAGGACAUCAUUAACAACAUUCAUUUACGAAAUGUUCAAUAUGAAUCAGUCGGGGCAGUGCCACAUACAGCUGAACUUUCUCCAACUCUCCAGUCCAAAAUGAGUCCCGAUGUCUACAUCAGACCCAGUUCAACCCCGGUCCAAAACCAGACCAUAAGAACCAGCAGUUCAUUGAAGAAAGAGACUCUCAGACUGCUCAACCAGCGGAUGGAGAGAGAGAAGAACCACAAUGAUGAUGAUGAGUCCAGUGACCGCUUAUACCCAGGAGGAUCACCUGAUUCUGUCCUCAGUGAUCUCUCUCUUAGUCUGACGGGCUCCUACGUUCAGUUGCCCAGCCCUCAGCCCAGCCGCAGUCCUCUUACACAGAGAACGAGGAGACCACACAUUCUCAUCUCCUGUCCGGUCAGUGAGUCCGAACUCGGUUCAAACGGAUCUGAAUAUAAAAAUCAUCCAUCAGGGAGAGCAGAGCAGUCGGCGUUUAUUCAACCUGGUGCCCAAUGGGACUACAGCUGUUCAGAGUCGAGUGAAAGACAGAUGUCAAUCACAACCUCCACCCCCAGCACUACCAGUAACCACAAAGAAAUCCAGUCCAGUUUAACCCGGUCACAAGAUAAACCAGCUCGCCGUUCACCUCCAGCUCCUCUUAAUCAAUCCUAUGAUGUGGAGAGCCCAUCGCCCUUUCUGAUCAGGCCACAGGUGCAGUCCACACCCUCAUCAUGCUCAGGUGAGCACGGUUUGGACCUGGACGGAUUCUCACAAUGCCCACUGGAGGACCAGAUGAAUAUCAAACACCCCUGUACAGCUGAAACUCAGCAAAAUAAUACUGAAGCAGACGAGCAGGAGAUUGAGGCGUUACAGGAGCGUUUGAAGAGAGAACACAGCCAGCAGAUCUCUGAUAACCUCACAGCACAGGAGAAAGAGACACUAAAGCACCAGCAGGUGUCUGAGGAGCACAUGAAGGGUUUCUGUCGUUUGAACGCUCUGGUUCGAGGUUUCCUAACACGCAGACUCCUGCAAACGAACAAAAUCAAAUACCUGCGCAAAACUGUAAAGGACACCAGAGAGUUCAUCCAGUCAUUCCAGAAUGAUCCACAGCUGAAGAGAGUCUCCAUCUCUUAUCAGGAUCUGUCUCUACAGCACAGAGUCACAGCACAGCUGCGAGCUGCAUUGCAUGACAUCCAUCAGAUCUUCUUUGUGUGGCCUAUGAAACAAAAACUUCAUCUGCUGCAGAAAGACAGAGAGAUUCACACAGAGAGAACAAUCAGAGAACUGGAGAAAGUCAAGGGUUCAGGAAUGAGACAGAUUCUCUCUUCAGCCACUCAGAAGAGCCUAGAAAGAAAUAAACACAGGCAAACAAAAAGGACAAAGAUGAUGGGCAAGGCCUCAUCAGGAUCCAGGGUUCUGCGGUCCAGUCUCGGUCAGAACGGCGUCAGGCCGCCGAGUGUUGUGAAACAGAGAGAGGAGUGUAUGGAGGUGAGACAGCCGGUCGUCCACAGGAAGUGUCUGUCAUUGAGAUAAACACAACACAAACACAUUACAGAGAUCUUGAGUUAUUUCAUAUUUCAUUACUAGACAAUUAUCUACACAAUAAACUUCUUACUGUUCUUAUUUUAGUUUUGUCUCAAUGAUCAAAAGGCCACACAGCUGUGUGUAAACUGUUUUAAAAGAGCAUAGAGCGUCAAUCAAGUUGUUUAACCAAUGUGACCAAUGAACUGCAGUUUACUUUGACUCAUUACAUGAUUAGCUAAAAUGAAACAUAACUUUAUAACUGAGAUAACUGGACAUUACUUACUGAAUUAAACAUGCAAAGACCUCAAUCAUGUGAUGUUUGAAAGGUCCAUUGAUGCAUAUUGUUUUUUAUUUGU